UGGGCGACCCGGCAGGCGCGAUGGCUACUGUGAAGGAGAAGGCGGCAGCUUUGAAUCUCUGCGCGGUGUAUAGUCCGGCUGACAAACCCCCAGGGUUCAGCUUGGCGCAAAGACCAUUUGGAGCCACGUAUGUCUGGAGCAGCAUUAUCAACACACUUCAGGCCCAAGUUGAAGUGAAAAAGCGGCGUCAGAACCUUAAAUGCUAUCGGGACUGUUUUAUUGGCUCGGAUGCGGUGGACGUGGUCUAUGCCCAUCUUCUCCAGAACAAAUACUUUGGGGAUGUGGAUAUUUCCAGGAUCAAAGUCGUGAGAGUGUGUCAGGCAUUGAUGGACUACAAAGUGUUUGAGGCGGUUUCUACCAGAGUCUUUGGAAAGGACAAACGACCAGUGUUUGAAGACAGCAGCUGCAGCCUCUAUAGGUUCCCGAAUGCAGCUAACCCAGUGGAUAGCCCCUUUGGGAAAGAGUAUGGCCAUUUUAUACGUCAAAGACAGGAGAAAAGAGCAUUAUGUAGCACACCAGUGAAAUCUGAUAGCUUGGAGGAUCUCUUGGAAAACUUGAGUCUAAAGCCUGUUUGUUCCUCUCAAGUAAAUAUCUCCUCAAUGUUGUCUCGCCAAGUUAUUAAUGAAGUCUGGAGAGAGCAAACAAUUGCCCGCCUCCUGCAGCUUAUAGAUCUUCCACUACUUGACUCUUUACUUGAGUACCAAAAGACAAGAUCCAGAUUUCUACAAACAAAGCCAGAAUCUGAAUGUAGCAUCGCCAGCAACUACCUGGACCGAGAAAUUUUGAAAGCUUUUGGUGACUCACAGGCAGAUGAAUGGUUGUCAGCAGCAAUAGACUGCUUGGAAUAUCUCCCAGAUCCGAUGGUGGUUGAUGUUAGCCGAAAUUUGCCCGCUCGGCCUGACAAAGCGCAUGUGGGGAAACUACUGCUGUUUGAUGCCAUUGGCAGAUAUUACAGCCAAAAGAAGGAGCCACUCUUAAAGCAUGCACCUGAUAUCCACCUUGGAAUUGCAGAGCUGCUAGUUAAUGGAAAGACUGAUCAAGCUUUGGAGGCGGUUCAACUCUACUUGAAGUUGCUGGAUAGCCCAACACGAGAGGAGUUCAGGAGGCUACUUUACUUCAUGGCUGUUAUAGCUCAGAGUUCUGAGCUGAAGCUGCAAACAGAGAGUGACAACCGGAUGGUUGUGAAAAGAACUUUCUCUAAAGCAAUAGUCAACAAUAAAAAUUUAUCUAAAGGAAAAACAGACCUGUUGAUUUUGUUCUUGGUGGACUAUCAAAAAGAUGUCUUAAAGAUUCCAGGGACAUUGCAUAAAAUGGUUAGUGACAAGCUUGUGGCUUUACAGCAUGGGAGAGAUGCCAACCUGAAUACAGGAUAUACUUUCUGCCAGAGGCUUGAUGAAAGCGAGUAUUACUGCAGUGCCAAGAAGACUACAAAAGAGGAACUUGUAUCUUUGAUAAAAACUAUUGAUGAGGACUCUAAUCUGUCUGCCAAAGAGCGAAAGAAGUUGCUAGAUCAAUUCUAUACUAGUAAUCCAGCUAUCUUUUUGCAGUAUUUUGGAGAGAAAACUACUGAUGAGGCUGUGUAAUUUUAGUCCUCGGAGCCAUGAUGGAUGCUAUAAGCUUUUGGAAAGAAUUAUUUUGUAUCUUUUAGACCUUUUGUAUUUGUACUUAAAUAAAAUUGUUUUAUGAAUAUGGAUGAAAU